UCUCUGCUCUCUGGGUAACCAGCUCUUUCUGUGUCUGCCCGUCUCGAUGGCUAGACUGUGCUCACUGAGCCUGUACUUGCUCAGGAUCCGUCUCUGCUUUGUGUCUCUGACACUCUGGAGAUAAUCUUCACAUUCAUAAUUAGAUUUUAUAGUUCGAUAGAAUUGUAAUUUACUUUGUGUUUUAGUUUCUUGAUCCCAAUGUUCCAGAUAUAUAUUUUUAGAUUGUUUGAUAAUUUGAUUUAUUUUGAUGUUCGGGUGAGAAGCAGUGCUGGUCUGAGACUGGUUAGUGUUAGUAGAGUUAGUCAGGUUAGUAAGUCUCGGUCUCUCUCUCUCAGUCUCUCUCUCAGUGGAGGUUGUUUGUGGUCAGGAAGUGUGAAUGUGCCUCAGUGCUGCUUGAGCAAAAGUCAUUGCAGAGCACAUCCGGCCUGUGUGUCUUUAAAAGAGUACAGAAGUCUUCACUGAAAGACACGGCUGAGGCUUUUGGAGCUUGUUGGUCAGCGUGGGAGGAAACAGCGUUUCUGAACAUCACUCUCAAAAUGGAUGCCCUGCUCAUCACGGAGGACCAAGCCUGAACAUGAACUCUUCUUCCUAAACUCUUCAUGAUGACUGUCUGAAUGAGAAGACAAUGGAGGAUAUUGUAGACUAUCAGGAGUCUGAGCCUUAUCUGGAGGCCAUGCAGUACAUAGAGAGGAUGAAGCAGGAGAAGGAAAGAAGCCUUGAGAGCGAGAGCGUCCCGAUGGAUCACGGGGUGUCUCUGUCCCCCUUCACCGUUCCCUGCACUCCUCUCUCUCACGCUACUGUGCAGUGGGACUCCCCAGAAAUGCCUGCAGAGCCUCCCGGAUUGUCUGAGGUUGGCCCGAGGUUCGACUGGACGCUGGAUCUUCCGUCCGCAGACCAGGAUGCCACUGUGGAUUUCUCACCUGAAGCCGAGUCACAAGCGGACAUCAUGCUUGCGUCUUCCCAGACAUGUGAUGCUCAGAAGUCAGAUAUGCAAACACAGCUGGUGCUUUCACAUGAAGAGCCCCCUGAAUCAUUUGCAGAUGUCAACGACUCCAGAGCAGAUGUGACUGAAGAGCAUUUUGAAGCUUCUGAUGGCGUUCAGAUCUUUAUGGACACACGAGACUCAGAGAUUCGACCGGGUCUGGAAAACUCACAGUCGCAGGAAGAGAAGGAACCCGACAUGUUAGACUUUCCCAAAAAAACUUUUGCCCACGAGGAAAGCACAGAUUCAGGCAGUGAAGAGCAAACUAGGGAGUGGACUGAGACAGAGGCAAACGGAGAAUCAUCAGACGCAAGAGACGAUUUUCAGGAUCAGAUUCAAGGACCUGAUGAAUGUCUGGAAAAAGAAGAGUCAAGUUCCCCAGAGAUCCAGUCCGAUUGGUCACAGGAUGCCAUCAUUACAGAACCACCAAAGCCACUGCCAGACCUCACGGAUGAUUCGGUGCAGCUCGAGGAACUGACACAAGAGCCAGAAAACAUAAGCAAAUCUGUUACAGUGGCAGAGAUGAACCAGAAUUAUGGCACUUUACAACAUGCAGAAGAGUUUCAGGGCGUAGACCUCUCCAAGGAAUCCAAUGCACAAGACCAAGAGCGUGUAGAAAGACCUGUAAGCUCUGAGCAAAAGUUUGACCCUGAAAAUGAAUGUCCAGAGAAAGCAGAGCAGAGCGAGCAGUUCAGACGUCCAGAAGAGAACCGAUCUUCAGGUCAGAUCCAGAGUUCAGAUGAGGAGAAACCCUGCGAUCAGACACCGCCAUCAGAGCGUUCAGACACUUCCAGCGACAUGAAGCAGCCAACAGCGCUGGCAGAUGUGGAGGAGCAUGUACGAGAGGAGACAUCAGGGCCGGUUAUAGACACAGAACCUGCUGGUCCCUGCAUCAACGGUAGCACUGAGCUCGUAAAUAGGGCCAAGGCCCAGCGGUUGGCUGAGAAGCUCUAUAGACUGGACGGUUUUCAGCAUACAGAUGUGGUCAGACAUCUGGACAAAGACAACGAGUUCAGUCGUGCUGUUGGGGAAGAGUACCUCAAAUUCUUUGACUUCACCAACCAAAGUCUGGAGCAAGCACUUCGGUCAUUUCUGAAGGAGGUGGUUUUGAUCGGAGAGACUCAGGAGCGCGAGAGAGUCCUGCAGCACUUCUCCACUCGUUUCCAGCAGUGUAAUCCUGACGUCUCCUCCUCCUCCGGAUCCGUGCUCACGCUCACGUGUGCCGUGAUGCUACUUAACUCUGACCUGCAUGGACAAAAUGUCGGGAAGCCCAUGUCCUCGGCUGAAUUUGUGUCAAACAUGGAAGGCAUGAAUGGAGGCGAGAACUUCAGCAAGGACUAUCUGAAGAGUCUCUACAUCUCCAUCAAGAGCGAUCCGCUGCAGUGGGCCGUAGAGGAGGGGGUUCUGGCUAAAUCCAUGAUGCCAGAGUCGUAUUUGGACCAGGAUGGAUAUCUGCGCUCAAAGAGUAACCCAUUCCAGGAUCUCCCUCACGACACCAAGGCCACCGUGUUCCAGAAAGGCUUUUUAAAACGCAAAGCGCAUGCAGACAUUGAUGGCAAACGCACUCCAUGGGGGAAACGAAGCUGGAAGACGUUUUAUGCCAUGCUGAAGGGAAUGGUGCUUUACCUGCAGAAGGAUGAUUACGUGAAGGACUGCCAGAGCUCAGAGGAGGUGGUUAGCGUUCAUCACGCUCUGGCGGAGCGAGCUCUGAAUUACACCAAACGGCCGCACGUGUUUCGCCUGCAGACAGCCGACUGGAGAGUCUUCCUCUUCGAGGCUGCUUCCACAGAGCAGAUGAACUCCUGGAUCGGCCGGAUUAACCUGGUGUCUGCGCUGUACUCCUCGCCUCCGUUCCCCGCAGCUGUCGGAUCUCAGAAGAAGUUCUGUCGGCCAAUCCUGCCCGCCACACAGUCCAGCCUCAUGCUGGAGAAGCAGCUGCAGUCGCAUGCAGCCAUGCUGCACAGCUUCCAGCAGGACCUGACGUCUCUCCAGCAGGAGGCGCCAGAGAGCAGGAGGAGCAAAGCCAGGGAGCAGGAGGAGCUCCGGCAGAGAGAGGAGUACUUACAGUACGAGAAGUCUCGUUACGAAGUCUAUCUGAAGGUUCUGGAGGCCUGGCAGGCGCUGGAGAAGUCCGAUCCAUCGGUCGCUGAUAGACUGAAUGCGCUCGAUGAGGGAUUGUGGACCGGAUCGAUGGACGAGCAGCAGGACGAGGCUGACGCCGGGAUGAAGAGAUCUCACUCCAGUCCAUCUCUGGAGUUAGAAACGCCUCCUCAGCCUGUCGUCAAAGUCCGACGUAACAUCUCCGAGAGACGGACCUACCGAAAGAUUGUGAUUCCCCGCCGGAACAAAGAGCUUUGAACAAUCAGACUCUUACACAAACUGUCAGACACGCUCGAAGCACUUGAAUCCUUUAAGGUUUUACAUCAUUUAAUAUAUUUUUAAGGUCAGGCCCGUCCAAGAUAAAAACAGCAACAACUGUAGUCUGUUUAUAUACAGAAUUUUUGCACAAUACUCUUAUUGAUGUACCCUGUUCAUACUCUCCACAAGAGGGAGAUGUUGCUCAAGAUUUUUAAAUGAAGGACAAGACCCAAGUCAUUAGUUCUAUCCUCACAUCUCAAAAGAGCUUCUGGAUGAAUGUGUGGUCAGCAGAACCCUAGUAAACCGAGUGAAGACUGGAA